AUGAACUACAAUAGUACGCUUCAAGCUCAGACAAAGGGUGUUGGUUCUAGCCCGUCCGAGCCGUUAACGAUGGGCCAAAAAUUGAGAGCCAGUAAUAUUAAUAAAUUGAUCCAGAUCUUAAUGAAGUUGAAUUUCGCAAAUGGCGGUGAUUCAAAUACAGCAACCACUAUUAAAGAACAGGCAAAAGUUUUUGAGAAUGCUGUCUUUAGUAAAUUCAGUAAUGAUUUGAAUAGCUAUACAAAAUUUAUGAACGGUAAGAUGGAGAAUUUGGUAAGGACUUCACAGGCAAAGAAGGCCAAAAUUAAUGGACUUAUGGACUCAUCAUUAUUGAUGAAUCGCCCUACAGGGCCAAAUAACAGGACAACUCCAUCAGGAAAGACUUUAUUGGAUAAAAAUAAUACGACAGAACAGGAAUUGGUAAAGAAAUUUCAGUUUAUACCUGUACCAAUGACAAUAUUGGAAAAUAUACCAAAAUUUUUAACAUUUCAUGCAAAUCCUCAAAAUGAAAUGUUCACUUGGCCAAGAAUUUCAAAAUGGGUCAUUGAUAACAAAUCCUUAUUUUCCAUGAAUGAUUUGGCCAUAAUAAAACAUCUUUAUCAAUCACAAUAUCAAAAUUUUAAACAGGCAAACUUUAACCCAGUGAGUCAAUUGAAUGCCACGGCAUACAAUAACUCAACUUAUAUUAAUAAUAUUCCAGAUACAACUAAUAAUAAUUCUCACAAUCUUUUGAAUCAAAUUAACGAAAUUUUCAUUCAAGAACAACAAGCAUAUUUAUUGAACAAAAAGAAGAACGUUGUAAAUCCAGAUCCAGAUCAAAGCAAACUACGGUCCAUGAAUAUAAAUACAAUAAAUAAACCACCAUCACCUGAAGAUUGGUCAAUAAUCAAGAGAAUAUCCUCUGAAAUUUCAAAGACUCAAUUUAACCUCUCAAAUUUAUCAAACUCUUUAUCUGGUCGGGAGAAGUUAGAUAUUAAAAAAUCAUUAAGCGAUAAUCAACCAUUAUUUAAGAAAGUUAAAUUCUUUGCUAUUGCAUAUUUUAUUGCCAGCAAGGAUGAAUCAUUCCUAAGAGAUUUCUUAAAAUUAAAUUUGUUCUUGAGAGAAAUAAUCAAUAAGAUCAAUGAUGGCGUUUUCAUUAUAAAUUCCAUGAUAAUGAACAAAAUCAAUUUGAAAUUUCAAAAAUUUUGGGAAAUAAUGUCACAACAGUAUGUUAAAAAUAAUACCCCAUCACAAGCUGUACCUUCACCCAUACCUGUAGAUAAAAAAUUGAGAAGACAAGAAGUUAAAUCAAGAUACAAGCAUCAUCAAGAUAUUUUUGAAGGAUCAUCUACCCCAGAUUUAUUCCUUUCCACUCUUUCAGACUGCCUGGGACUAUCAGUCACUACUCAGGCAAGAAUGAAUACCAUGACAGUAUAUGAACCAAUCUUACCAUUUACUAAAAAGACAAUAGAACUUAUCAAUGGUUCAUCCACCAAGAAACAACCAUUUACAAAGACUCAACUGAAAAGACGUGAAAAGGAUGUUUUUGAACUUUCAAUAAUUGCCAGCGAUACAAAAUUAUUAAUGAAGAACAAGAAUGUGAACUCUAGGUUGGAGUCUAUCUCAGACAAGCAAAUUGCCAACGUUUUCAAAUUUCAAAACAUGGAACAAAGAGAAUCAGAGACAACACCACCACCAUCGAAUACUACCUCUCCAAUGAUCCCUCAAAAAAGAUCUAUAUUGACAGAUACAACAGAACAGCAGAGACGGAAGAAACCAAACGUAUCAGUGGCAACUCCCACGGUACCAACAUCAACUUCAUCAUUAACAUCAACAACUAAGACAUUAACAUCGACUCAAAUCAGUCCAGCAUCAUCAGAGGUGAAUGAAGAUGAAAGUGUUCAGCAACAGAAGAGUAAAAUAUUCAAGGAGGUAAUAAAGAACGAUAUAUCCAAUUGGAAUUGGAAUAUAUGGGAAAACAUAUGA